GCGACCGUCGCUAGUUUUUUUUUCUGCCUCUGUAGCAUAGCAACAAGUGCACUUUGGACGCACUGGAAAGCGAUGACUGUCUCUAUGUUCACCAAAACAGUCCGGCUGGAGCAGGCGGUGAAGCUUAUAAACCAGCUGGAUGACACCAAGUUCAGUGCACUGCUCGCAAGAAUUUUACAGAAGCUGCCGUGCAAGGAUGAACGCAGCUUCACAGAAGAGGAAGAACAGAAGUUGCAGCGGGCUUUCAACUGCGAUGCACAGGAAGUUACCCUUCUUCUGGAGUCCCUUUCCUUCAUCUUGGAACAAGCUGCAUUCCACUUGGCCAAGCCGCAGGUACUGCGAACCCAGCUGACUGACUUGGGCAUGGAGGAAAACAAGGUCGAUUGCAUGGUGCAGUCGUGGACAAGCCAUGCCAAGCAGCUUGUUGAGCAGCUCAAGCAGCGCUCCCUCGCUCCCAGACAGCUUCAAAAUGUGGACUGGGAGGUGCAAGUCCGGACAGCUCAGCAGUCUGCGGCACGAUCCAAGAGGCUUCAGGCCCUGGUGGACCUCGUCGUCUCUACAGGAGCUGCACAUGACCAUCUGCUGUUGCAGUUUUCACAUGGACAGCUCUUCAACCUCUACACACAGUUGGAACAGAUUCAGGUGAAGCUCGACAACCUCAUCUGAGCUGGCUUCGAAAGCUUGCAGCUCUUCCCGUCGACACUGUCUUUAUCUUUCUGUCCCCAUCUCUGCUGCGCAUGGGGGAACCACUGACCACUGGCUGGACCACAGUCGACAGUAAGCUCGUCCCUCCGACUGAAGAUGUUUUUGGCAUUAUCUUGGCCAUUGUGUGAUUGCUGGCAAACACUUUUGCUUUGUUUCAGAACUCGCUACUUUGUAUGUACUUUUUUUUUUUGCAGCAAAAGCGAUACUGUCUUGUCAGUAAACAAUAAGUGACCAUUAAGACCCAUCUCAGGAUUUGUUACGCUCAGGGUUUGCUAAUCCCAGUCUACUACACUCCAGCAUUGGCAUGGCUAUAUUAUAGAGGUUUUGGGAUUGCGUGUGAGUUGGUCCUUGUCAGCACUUGAGAAGGCAUGUUCUGUCAGUGAUUGUAGGUGCGAUGGGCCUCAAAAGUUUUAUGGACCGACUGAGCUGCAUCCUUAAAAGGAGUAUUGUCUGCAUUUGUGUGUGCAACUGGCAUGGCACACCUCUCAUUUUGAAACUGCAUGAACAAGUCACGGUGACGAAAUUUGAACGGGGUGGGGGAGUCUGCUUUCAUGGUUUGUGAACCAACCACACAUAUGCCCCAGUGCUUGACUGAAACUGAAGAAUCUGGCAUGCAGUUCGAGACACUUCAAUGAGUUGUCAGAGCAACGUCUUGUGUAGUUCUUCUUUCUGGGGUUUUACGUGUCAAAACCAGUUAUUAUUGUGAGGCACGCCGUAGUGGAGGGCUCCGCAUUAAUUUUGACCACCUGGGGUUCUUUAACGUGAACUACAAAGUAAGCAUGUAUUACCACCAGUAUCAAAAUUAUGGUUUUAUGAAUCUCAGUGGCCCAUGCAGUCUAAGAGCAGAACAGCUUAAACAAGGGACUUAGUGCUUCUGUUCGAACACAAGCACUUCUUUCGUAGAACAUGGAUUUGGCUCAUUCGUUUAUUUGCAUAAGCCACUGCCUUGUUUCAUUUGAGAUGAGGCUGCGGGAAUCGUUUUUUGAACAACUUUAGUACCUCAGGCAUAGUGCAGCUGUUGUAGGAAACGGACAUAGCUGCUGUGAGUUCAUUAUUAAACUAGUUAGCCACUAUUUUAUCAGCUUGAAAAUGUAUUUAUCACUUAUAACCUGGUUGCAUUACCACCUAGGAGUCUUGUAUCCUGACUACAGUUGCUUUCUCUGAUUAGUGAAUGUUUUAAGGAGUGAUAUGAGCAGGCAGUUUGUUAAUUGCCACAUGGGAGAGGCAGAUGCUGUAUCAUUGCUGUCAUAGGCAAGGAACUACAAAAACCAAUACUAUAUCUUGUGUUGGGGGUUAGACACUGUACCUAAAUGUUUAUACUCUCAACCUUUUUUUUUUUUUUUCACUUUGGUGCAAAUAGUACCAGAGAUAUGUAAACUGUUACCUUUGUCAUGAUAUUACAUGUGAUAUGCACUUCCAAAGGCUGAAACGAUAAAGAGAGCAUGUGACUGCCAUGUCACGAGAUAUAUGUCAAAUCACAUGAGUAAAUUUUAGUAGUACCGCAGUCUCCUCAGUACCAAUCUUGAUGCUUAAUAAUAUGUUACAAGGCGUGGCACUCAGUUAGCCAUCAUUGUAUUCUGCAUCUUCGUGCAUACCAAUGGCUUUGACAUACUUGUCGCGAUGAUAUUUUAUUCGAGUGCAGCGUAGUUCUUGAAAGGGUGAAAUAAUGAAUGGUUGUAAAGGACAGUGAGAUGAUAAAACUAUCUGUACACUAGCAGGGAAGCCUUGGAGCAUUGUGUGUGCAGAACCUUUGAAUGCUUCCAUGUCUGUGCCACAAAUGAGCCUUGACUAAUAUUCAAUGUCCAGUGAUGCUACAUUGUCUUGUGCUUGUUUUGAAAUAACCUAUGGUCAUGUUAUUGCAACUGUUACACCUGCUCACUGAAAUGUACAAAGAGGCAUGAAAAGUAACUGUUGUUGCCUGACAUUCUUUGCCACAAGAAAAGAGCACGAGGUUCAGACAGUGCUUCUGGAAAAAAAUUGGCAAGGAAGGGAUUAGAGAUGGCAGAAUAGCCAAAGUCAGCAUAUAGACAGCCCUGAGGUGUAAGUUUUAUGUUUUAUGUAUUGAAAAUGAUGAGCAACCUGGUAGGUUGUGCCUCACCUUGGAAGACCAAGUUGUUUGCUUUUAAUGUCUGCUGUAGAGAUUCUCAAGCUGGCCAUAUAAAUUGCAGUCUGCAUUGGCAAUGUCUAUAGAGGUGACUUCCAUUAAUUUGGUACAUUAUAACUGGACCUCCUUUUUAUUUCUACCAUGUUCAAAGGUCCCAAAGGGUGCCCUUUGCUUGUUAAGCACUUCCUUUGAUUCAAAAUUUCAACUGACUGUCCAACCCUGCCAAGGUUAAAAAACAAAAAUAAAGGGGAGUUGGGUGUAUGAGGUAGAAUGAGUUCUGACCUGCUUUUCCAUUGGGCAGAAAAUUUAUUACCUGAAAAGUUCGCUGGCAGCAUUUUUGUGAACUGCAAAUGCUGUCAUCCACACGGCUUUCACUUGUUACUCACAGCACUUGCUUUUUAUUUUUGUUUUAUUUUCUGCCUUCAGAUGUAUGAUCUCAGACACUUGAGUAUAUAAAUGUGGCAAAUGACUUCUCAAAACGGGUAUGCCACAGCCUUGCGGCUCCUAGCACCAGAGUGAGUCGAGAUUCGAAUAAUAGCUUGCGACUAUACCCCUGGUGGGUUCAAGCGAAAUGUUUGUAUGAUGGUACCAAACCAUUUUUUGCUGUUUGAUAUAUUCUGCUCGUGGUCAUAUUUUCACAGCGAGUGGUUGAUGAAGGGCAGUUGUGUGCGUGUCUGUCUGUGCCUGGCGUCUGCACACGUUUAUAUAAACUCUUUGAGGCAUUCCUUUACCUUGUGUAAAACAUUGAGCUCCCCCUGCAUGACAACUGGCUUCAUUUCUACUGCACCUAAUUUAUGUUUAGUGAUGCACAUACUGACAGUCAUGAUUGCAGAAUGUUCGAGCAAAGCAGAGCUGGUUUGGUGCGCCAAACUUGAAAAAGACUAAUUCAUUGGAACUGACAUUUCACAGGGAAAGUGCAGUACUAGUAUGUUAAGUGAAACUGUUUCACACUUGCUAAAUUAAUGCUGCCCCCUUUUGUGCAACUACUGAGAUGUUGUUCUGGUAAGGAUGUGUGUGCAUAUUCUUCGAGUCAAGAAAUAGCAGCGCAUCAUCUUGUAAAUGUUAUGCAUGCUGCAAAGUACUCCAAAUAUUAGCAGGAUGAUCUAGUUACAUUACCCGAAGUAUUUUCUUUUUCUUUCUAAAGUUAUAGCAACCAGAAAGGUGGCUAUAUUAAACCAACAUUAACCGAAAUGUCGAAAAAGUUCAGUUAAUAUCCCCCGUUUUUUUUUUUUUUUGCACAACUUUAUUUAUUUAUAUACUCUGCAGUAGCAUCUAGCAAAGGCUGAAGUACAUUAUAACACUGUAACAGCAUACACAUUCACCUAAUAACUAUAGCACACAGUAGACGUACCUGUGAGAGCUGAAUUCCCUGGUAAACUGAACACCUCAGGGACCAUCUUUAGUUUCCCGUAUUUUCAGUGCAGCUCUUAAGUUCAACUUUUGAUAAGACAAGCAUAUUUCCAAGAUAACUUCAUGUUUUUCUUGAAACUACCAUAGCUAUUAGAGGCAGCUGCACAAAUUGCAUUUGUUCUUUACAGGCAUGAGUAAGAACAUAUUCUUGCUUAUUGUAUCAUUAACAGGAUUCUGUCAUUAGCAGUCUUUAUGAACAUGACUAAAGCUGACACCCUCUACUGAGCUAUGUGAUAUUACUCUGCAUCAACAGUGAACUCCCGUUGUAGUAUCUGAUUUAGCCACCUCCUGGCAUUUUGUCCUGGGUAUGAAGCUAGUCCAUGCUGUAGCAUCUUCCUGAGCCAACUGUAAACAUUCUUCAAUUACUUCUACCCCUUAAGUGAGAGCCUGCAGGGAAGCUGCAGAUGGCCAUAAUGCAUAAUGAGUGUGUUUGCAGGUACAUUGUGCUGUUUGCGUGUGUCGAAAGUGAGAGAAAAAAAAAUCUUAUCGACUGAUCUCUCGUGGAAAGCAAAGGUAAGUGGUUGCAAGAUUUGUUGCGGUCACUGUGUGAGUUCGUCCUUGAUCGCAAGAUGUACUGGUGGUAUGUACGUCCAUCAAGAAAAGGCAAAGUAUGUCUGAAAGUAGUCACUGCAUGUGAUGUCUCAUGGUCUUGGCACUGGCUGCGUUCUCUAUGUUUGUGUGUGCUCUGGCUGUUACUGAAAAAAAAGCGCAUUCUCAUCUAGCUGGUUGUUGCUGUACCGUGCUCACGUACCUUUUUGCCAAGUGUACGCAUGUGGCACACAUCGUAGCCACUUUUGCUUCACUGAUUGCUACUGUCACUACUAGGAACCCGUAUGGGUUUCCUUUGUAGCAUAUGCUACGAUUGGGUGAAUGUCUUAUUUUCCAUUUAAUUACUAGGAAAUAGUGGUACACAGUCUUUGAUGGCUGGGCCUUGCAGUGCAAAUCGGUAACAGAUUGGACAAGAGGGCUGACGACGUUUGGCUACAGACCCACUCGUACUCAUCUUGAGGGUGCGAACAGUGCGCCCAUAAUGCAAAAAAGGUAGGGUGUGCAGAAACGGACACGAGAAGAGAAGUGGACAACACAAACGCCGACUAUCCUGUGUGUAUUGUAUUGUCCACUUCUCGUGUGUCCGUGUCUGCACGCCUUACCUUUUUUGCAUUAUGAAUCCUUACCAACUAGCUCAGCUUUCUGUCGUUCUAAGUGCGCCCAUGAUUGGAGUGUAGAUGCUCAUGAGUGAAUGUGGGCUUGAAACAGCCUCUCGGUUAGUGGUUUUACAAGCACAAACUGUUAGUCGAGUUGGUGUAGGAGCAUUCUUAAGCACACCACACAGAAGAUGGGACAAAGAUUGUGCGAUGCUGAUUUUCUGUCCCAUUUUCUACAUUGUGUACUCAAGUCUGUGAAACAGUACUCCAUUUGUUGCAUUGUGGAAAGCUCUCUCAAGACCAUGUAGGUGGCAGUAAGUGCUGCCACUCUAUGUGGACUAUGUUUGGGGCUGUACUCACCUUUAACAUCAAGAAGUAAGACACUUUGUCCUUGUAGCCUGUGCCCAUUAGUCUGUUAGCCACAUCCUCUUGUCCUGCCUUUUACAUGCUGCAUCAAAAUUAGCCCAAAUAUCAGCUAUGCUUGACACGUGUUGGUGCAUCCUUGAAGUUGCACUGCAGCGCUGCUGAAGCCAGCACACUCAACAAGGUGCGAUUGGGCUUGGAGGCUGCUCAAUCUUUUCCCUGUCUGUCCCUUUUGCUUUGCCGAUGAGGGUGUGGUUGUCCUUCUCUUGUCCUUCAUUUGUUCAAAGUGCCACAAGACAGCUCUGAAGAGCUGUGGCCUAUACUGCUCGUGAGCAGCAGUGGAUGCAAUAGAACGCACAAGGUACUUAGAUUUAUUUUUUUCUUGGGCUCUUUGUUAUGGAUGCCCUACUUAAUGUGAGGUCAUUUAUCUGCUGGUGCCAGCAGACCUAUCAAGAGACCAUAAUGUGAAGUCGUCAUAUGCUGCCAUGUUGUUUGUACAGCCCAAUGACAUGGUAAAACCUAAUUUGUCUGGUAGGUGCUAUUCUACACGUAAAUUCGAUCUAUGUAACAACCUAUUUAAUUUUGUGUGACUUCACUGAUCCACCCACAUUUUUAAUGAAAGCUUGUGAGAAGCUGCUGCUUCGGAAAAAGAAAAAGCGAUAACUCUACAAAAGUAUACUCCUUUUGAAGUGAACAAAGAUAUGCUCAUGUUACUGCUGCUGCUUCUAAAUGACGUGGCAGCAUGUGCGAAAUAUGUUGCAAAGGGAUAUUGAAUGGCUUUUACGGAAGCCUGUUGAAAUGCAUGUGUGGGACCAUCUCCAGUAAAAGCUGUUACAUGGCUUAUAUUCUUUCCCUAUACAGCACUUUCUCACAGUGGCAUUCAAAUUCCUUUGGUGCUUACCACAAUUUUUAUUUCUUUCCUAUUUGUAUCUGUGCCCUUAAACACAGGGUGCACGAGCAUUAAUUCUGCUUUCACCGACACUGUUUGUGCCCACUGUUUGUAUUUUGUUUGUGAAUGGAAUUUACAUUCUACUUUACUCAACAUUUUUAUGAGUAAUGUGUCACAUUCUGGUAAAUGUCUGUUUCAUUCAUUUAUCGUUUCAUUCUGUUUAUUUGCACUUUGGCCAUGUUAUGAAUUUGUCUGCAAAUUGGUACACAACAUUGGCAGCAUUUCAUCAUUGAGAUUGGCAGUGGGGACACUGCAUAUUUAUGUGAUCCUUAAACUGAAUUUAAAUCUUCAAUUGGUGAGCUCUUAGAGAAUGUUGUCCAAAGUCGUGUCUGUCACUCAUCAGUUCAAGGUGUUGGCUUUGCUUUGUUGUUCGGGAUGUACUGCAGUGGUACCCGAGAUGCAGGAAGCUGUGGCUCAAGUUGUGCACCAUUUUUACACCCGGUUUGAAAAGACGCACAAGUUUAUCCUUGAUGUCUCUCCAGUGUCAAAUACCAACACUCCUGUGGUAUAUGAUUCACUGCAUGUAGUGUAGUAUCCUUUUGUGUGAUGGUUAUGUCAAUUACGUGCUAAUGCGUCUAUGUAGGUGUAGUUGUCAUCAUCAUCAUUGUUGAUGACAAGUGUUCUUUUUGUUAGUACUCUAGUGCAUGUGUGAGUGCUGUUACCCCUCAAAGUGAGAAAUAAAUGAGUUGGCACAAAA